AUGUCUCAUUCAUCAUUAUCUUGGUUAUCAAAUUUAAAUAUUGAACAAACUCCUCAUAAAUAUUUAAGAAGAUCUUCAAUUAUUGGAACAAUUGGUCCAAAAACUAAUAGUGUUGAAGUAUUAGUUAAAUUAAGAAAAGCUGGUUUAAAUAUUGUUAGAAUGAAUUUUUCUCAUGGUUCUUAUGAAUAUCAUCAAUCAGUUAUUGAUCAUGCAAGAAAAUCUGAAGAAGUUUAUAAAGGUAGACCAUUAGCAAUUGCUUUAGAUACUAAAGGUCCAGAAAUUAGAACUGGUACUACUAUUAAUGAUGAAGAUUAUCCAAUUCCUCCAAAUCAUGAAAUGAUUUUUACUACUGAUGAUGCAUAUAAAUUAAAAUGUAAUGCUGAUACUAUGUAUAUUGAUUAUAAAAAUAUUACAAAAGUCAUUACACCAGGUAAGUUAAUAUAUGUUGAUGAUGGUGUUUUAUCAUUUGAGGUUUUAGAUGUUUUAGAUGAUAGUACCUUAAAAGUUAAAUCAUUAAAUGCUGGUAAAAUUUGUUCUCAUAAAGGUGUUAAUUUACCAGGUACUGAUGUUGAUUUACCAGCUUUAUCACAAAAGGAUAUUGAUGAUAUUAAAUUUGGUUUAAAAAAUGGUAUUCAUAUGAUUUUUGCUUCAUUUAUUAGAGCGGCAGAUGAUAUCAAACAUAUUAGAAAAGUUUUAGGUGAAGAAGGUAAAGAUAUUCAAAUUAUUUCUAAAAUAGAAAAUCAACAAGGUGUAAAUAAUUUUGAUGAAAUUUUACAAGAAACUGAUGGUGUUAUGGUUGCAAGAGGUGAUUUAGGUAUUGAAAUUCCUGCUCCACAAGUUUUUGUUGUUCAAAAACAAUUAAUUGCUAAAUGUAAUUUAGCUGCUAAACCAGUUAUUUGUGCUACUCAAAUGUUGGAAUCAAUGACUUAUAAUCCAAGACCAACAAGAGCUGAAGUAUCAGAUGUUGGUAAUGCCAUUUUAGAUGGUGCUGAUUGUGUUAUGUUAUCAGGUGAAACUGCUAAAGGUAAUUAUCCAUUUGAAGCUGUAUCAAUGAUGCAUAAUACUUGUCUUAUUGCUGAAAAAGCAAUUGCAUAUCCACAAUUAUUUAAUGAAUUAAGAUCAUUAGCUAAAAAACCAACUCCAACUACUGAAACUUGUGCUGUUGCAGCAGUAUCGGCAACUUAUGAACAAGAUGCUAAAGCAAUUGUUGUUUUAUCAACUUCAGGUCUUUCAGCAAGAUUAGUUUCAAAAUAUAAACCAGAUGUUCCAAUUUUAAUGGUUACAAGAAAUGAAAGAAGUGCAAAAUAUUCUCAUUUAUAUAGAGGUGUUUAUCCUUUUGUUUAUACAAAAGAAAAAUCAGCUAAUUGGCAAGAAGAUGUUGAAAAUAGAUUAAGAUGGGCAGUAUCAGAAGCUAUUGAUUUAGGAAUUAUUUCAAAAGGUGAUUCAAUUGUUACUGUACAAGGUUGGACAAGAGGUUCAGGUCAUUCUAAUACUGUUAGAAUUGUUCAAGCUUAA